UAGAUCUCCUUCAACGGAAUCCGCCAUGAGUCUGGCACUUCUCCAAGGCUAUUCUUCAGCCGAAGAAGAAGCUGAAGACAACUCUGUCUUCAACCACACCUCUUCCGACGAUGACGACGAAGACCUUUCCGCCGCCGCCUCUUCAGUUACCUUCAAUCUUUCCAUACGCGACAAGUCACUUUUCGAACUUCCGCAGCCCUCCUCUCAUCCCGGCCUGCCUUCCGCUUUCGACGCUUUCUCCGANGUUUCAGGACCGCCGGAGUUUCUAAAUAAUUCGGUUGAGGAGUACGCUGCACCGAGAGAUGUCGAUCAGCCGCGAGGGGGCCAUGGGAGCCGUAGGAAUCGUAAGGAGAAGAAAGAUUGCCUACUGGUGCUGUAGUGGAGGCAAAAGCUCAAUUAGUUGGGAUUCAUGAGCGAGUGAGGAGCGACUUUGAGAGUAAUCAACUAUCAAAUCCAUCUGUUUCAAACACAACACAGCAAGGCAAGCGCAUGGCAACUGCAGCC